AUGACUAUACACUCUUUAGAAUUAUUCUUAAUUAAAAACCGGCAUGAAUUUACCUGUAACAUAUCUCAAAUAGCCAACAGGAAGCUGGGAAUUGAUGCCAGCUAUUUUCUAAUAGAACUACUAAGAAGAUUAAGCGCGGAAGAGCUUCAAGCAAUCUCUGUGGAUGGAGAAUCCGAAAUUCUUAACACUUACGUAAAUUCUUUUCUUGAUGUUUUGAAAAAUUACAGCAUUACUCCUUUAUUUGUUUUUAAUGGCAUUCCCUUAACCUUUGAAGCUAGCGGUCAAGGCGAAGCCUCGCGCAAACAAAGUAAGCUAUCUAGGAUGCAGUACUCCUUGUCAAGCUUCGAUCCGUACGAUGCCAACAUUCAUACGAAUUUGUAUCGAAUGGACCCCGAUGGUAACAGUCAUCGUAACCAGUCUGAAAAUAGACGUACCUUCCUUUAUAGUAACCAACGGGAUUCUUUAGACAGAUUAUGUGAUUUUUUGAAGAAAAUUUUGGAUACAAAGGACAUCGAUUAUUUUGUUGCUCCCUACUUGGCUAUGGCACAGCUUUCCUACUUCCAGGGAGGUGCAUCAAAAUCUUAUGUUGAUGCUGUAUAUGGCCCUGAAGAUCUACUUCUUUUCGAUGUGAAACGUCCGAUUCUGUCAAUUACUAUUCCGUAUUUGCAAUCAGAGUCCUUUCGUUCUUCGCUCUCCAAUCCUCAACAAAAUGAAUCGAACAAACAGUCUUCUACAAUUCAAUGGCUAGACGGAGAUGCUAUCUUUCAAGACAGCAGAUGUGCAUCCUGGAGUCAAUUUGUCGAGGCGUGCUUACUUUGUGGUACUUCCAUUUCGCCCACACUCCCUCAAUUUGAAGGGACAUUCUUGCUGAAAUCUUCAAUAGAGCUUGUUACAAUGCUUGGUUCCGCUUAUCGUGUAGUGGAAGGAUUCGCCGACACAAUGCCAUCCGGUAGUGCUCAAGAAUUACUUCAGCAAUACAGGCGAUCUUUUUGUUAUUUAAAUUACUGUAUUAUUAUGAACGAAAAGGGAAUUGCUACUCCACCCGUACCAGAGAAUUCCGUUCCCACCAAUAUUAAUGCAAUUAUGGGAACACGACUUCCUAACGAAUUAUACUACUAUAUUUCUCGUGGAUUGCUUCCUUCUAGGAUGAUUAGCGCGUUGGUGUCUGGCUGUUUCAGUGAUCCGGUUUCCAUACUUGAGCAGCAUAUUGCUAAUUAUUCAAGUCAGGAAAGUGCAAAACCAGAGCCUGCUGCUCAUAAGAAUGCAGUCGCAAUGGCUGCUGUCAACCAGCGAAGAUUUGUUGAUGAUCUAGAGGAAAUUUGGUCACAAGGUCUCAAUUUGCUAACUCAACCUCUUCACCGAUUUUAUCAGGCUCGCGAUGUCAUUUCUCUUCAUGGGCAUAACCAGCAAGCCUCUUUAAAAGUUAUGCGCAACUAUGAUCCUCCACUAUAUAACGACACUAGAGCCUGGAUGAUUUACGAUGAAUGCAUACCCUUAGGUAUAAAGAAAGCAGUGAGCGAAAAUAAACCUAUUAAUAUACACAAUAUGCUUGAUUGUUUAAGGGAUAAAAAUUUUGUUGAAAAAAGCUUUUGUUCAGAUACUGGUAUAGGCAUAAAAAACCCUCCGAAACGUCUGCUUUCUACAACUUCCGAGAUAGUCUUGAGCUCCUUUUAUCGAUUUCUUCAGAUUCGGUCAUUUGUAUCUACGACCCAUCAGCUUACUUCUUGGGGCUCCCCUUUAUUGAUGGCUCUUGAAAAAUGUAACGUUCAGUAUCAGAGCUCCAUGUGUGUGUUGUUUGAAUUAUUACGCCUACGACAAAUCAAAGAACCAGGGUUUGAUUCUGCAACCUCUUCCACCCUUCAUAUCCCCUCUGUAAUUGAAUUUUUAUCGAAACUUGCCACAUUCCUUCCAAUUGGAAAAGAAACGAUUUACCAGUUAUUUACACCUGAUCGCGAUUUAUUACAAUUUUAUAUGAUGCAAACAAGCUUUGGUGCUAACCUUCACGAGUUGGCCGCUAUUUUAAUAGCAUCUGUUAUCAUGAACGCUAAUGCCGACAGGAAUCUUGUAAACCCAUAUUCGAUAAGAAAAACAUUCCCUUUUCGAAGAAACUUUUGUAGCCUACUGUCAGGUAUAUUUAUGAAUGAGCUUCUGCAGACUCUCUCUAGAAGUGAUAAUGACAUGAACAAGGAAGUCGCUAUUGAAACUACGUUCAAAAAACUAAAGGAAGAUUUUCCCUACGUUACAGAUGCAAAAGCAUUUUUGUCCGAAUUUUUGGAUUUUUGGGCUGCUUUUAUGGAGGGCGUCAAAGUAGCCGAAAAUACUAGCGCCAUUGGAAAACUCGUUGCCAGCAAAUUAUACCUUACAAACGAUUGGCUAGAGUCUUUAAAGUUGGUUUAG